CUGUUUACUGGAAGUGUCUGGGAUCCGCAGCCAAUCAGCGCCGGCCCCGCCCCCUCUGUACACAGUGACGCGCUCGGCGGGAGGGGGAUCCGUCGGUUUGGGGGAAGUCACGUGUCCCUGUCCUCCUCUCCUCAUACACUGUCCGGGGCUCCGUUCCUGUAUUUUGGCUCCGGGAGUCGUUGAUACCACAGGCCCGGGAUGAGGCUCCAGGCUCCGGGGAGGCCGCUGUGCUGAUUCUGCCAUCAUGAGACAACUUUCUCUUCUCUGUGCCCUCUGUGCCAUCCUUGUGGCUGCAGAUGGCCGCACGUUGCAUUCCUGCGCCUAUAUCACCCCCCAGGACCCUUUUGUGGUAGUGGACACCAACCUGACGGCGUUCUGCCAUCUGAAUGAGACCUGCAUACGGGAGUUGGGCCACCCCAUCACCUCCAGGGAUCUGUUCUGGAAAGUCGGGGACACGGUGAUACCGGAGAGCCACUACACUGUCGUCAAUAACAGCGUCUCCAGCGUUACGUUCCAGCCCACGCUCGCCAUGCACAAUAGCGUCACCUGCUCCUUUAAGGCGUACGGCCAGACGGAGGCCACUCUACACGGAAUCUACUUUUCCUUGGGCUACCCUCCAGAGAAGCCGGAGAACCUGACCUGCGUCUGUUAUAAUGCAGAGACACUGACCUGUACGUGGGAGCCUGGAAGAGACCCCAUAAUAGCUACCACAUACACCCUGAAACAAUCUUGGGUGAGACCGGACCUGGUCAGUAACACUGAAAUGACGCAAAACCUAACCCCUUCUGACUAUCCCCAUAUCCCGAGACCAUUUGUGUCCAGGAUCAAUGAGCAGAGAAAGGACUGUAUCGCUGAAGCGGGGAAGAACUCUUGUACCUUGAAUUACCCGGACUUCAUCCUGCACAUUAACACCGUGUUCUCAGUGGAGGCCGCCAAUGAGCUCGGCCGAGCGGAAUCAGACCGAUUAGAGUUCGAUAUUAAUGAUAUUGUGAAGCCCAAUCCUCCACACAUUGUGAGGGUGUUUGACAUUCUGCAGAAAGUGCUAAAAAUUGAAUGGGAGAAUCCCUUCGAGUCUACUCAGUACUUUCAAUACAACAUCCGCUACAGGCCCCUGGGAAGCUCCCAAUGGAGUGAGGUCCCUUCGGAGGACCUAGAAAAAACUAGAAAAUCAUUCAUACUGCAAGAACUUCAGCCCUAUACGACCUACAACAUAAUUAUGCGCUGUAAGUUAAUCGAUAAGGGAUUCUGGAGCAAAUGGAGCAAGGAGUAUACGGCCACCACCUCCGAAUCUACACCAUCUAAAGGGCCGGAAUUUUGGAGGAAGAUCAUCAGAACGGAUUCGGAGAAGAGGGUGGUCCAGCUGAUGUGGAAGGAUUUAAAGUCUCACGCAAACGGUAGAAUCCUGGGAUACAAUGUGACGGUGAAGAAAGGCGCAGAAGUGGAGACGUUCAGAGUGGUGGACACCACUUGUAAUAUUACCGUCCCCGAAGGCUCCUACGAUGUCCUCCUCACUGCAUACAACAGCCAGGGCUCCUCGCCCCCGUCCAGACUGAAGAUCCCAUCAGAUACUGAUCAAAAAGUUGUGAAGCCGGAAGAAAUGAAUUUCAAGGCUUUUCCCAAAGACGGAGAACUCUGGGUGGAGUGGGCUCCAUUGAAGGGAGUGUUCGGCUACGUGAUCGAGUGGUGCAGUAACCACGAGACCAUGGACUGCAACGCCGAAUGGCAGAGGGAACCGAGCAACGUGACCAAAACCUUCCUCAGAGGUGACAUAAAGCCCUUUGUGUAUUACCUGAUCAGACUCAUUCCACUGUAUACAGAUGGGAAGGUGAGGUCCAGCAUCUUUGGGACUUACCUGCAGCAAGGAGCUCCUGAUGUUGGACCCGCUGUCAAAACAAAGGCCACUGGGAAGACCUGGGUGACUCUGGUGUGGAUACCCAUCCCUCUGCCGCAACGAAACGGCUUCAUCACAAAUUACACUAUAAAAUAUGGGGGGCACGAUGGCCCGGCAGAAGCUAUCACAGUGAAUGCGUCUGUAACGGAGUACACGCUAAAAUCCUUAGCGGCCAAGACGACGUACAGUGUUUCUGUGACUGCGAACACGGAGCAAGGCAGGAAGGCCGGGCUCCCCUUCAGCUUGACCACGCUGCCAUUCGGCAAUGGGGAGGUGGAAGCCAUUGUGGUGGCCUCUUGUAUCGGCUUCAUGGUCCUCAUCCUAAUCUUGUGCGUCUUGUUUUGUAAUAAGAGAGAGCAGAUUAAGCAGCACAUUUGGCCCAAUGUUCCAGAUCCUUCCAAGAGUAACAUUGCACAGUGGUCCCCACAGACUCCCAGCCGGCACGAGCCCAAGCGGCACCCAUUCCAGGACGGUCCCUUCACAGAUGUCAGCGUGGUCCAAAUAACCAGGGAUGAUAAACCUGACGAUCAGGACACAAAGUCUCUGGAUCAGAUAAAGAAGAACACCUCAGAGGGGCUAAGCAGCGGAAUCGGGGGCUCAUCCUGCUUAUCUUCUCCACACCUGAGCGCCUCAGACAGCGACGGGAUUUCGUGUGCACAGAACACGUCCAGCACCGUGCAGUAUUCAACAGUUAUCAUGGGCGGCUACCAGGGUCAGACCCCCAUGUUCUCCAGAUCGGAGUCCACGCAGCCGCUACUCAUCUCUGAGGAGAGGCCCGACGAGCAGUCAACGCCACCACCAGCCUCCCAGGAGGACGACACACAGACCCCCAGCCAGUAUUUUAAGCAGAAUUUCACGGUUGAGGAAAGUGGCAGAAACCAGGAGCCACCGCCGGUCCUGCACCUGGCUGGGUUUAGUCAAGGACUUAACAACCCCGACUUUACCGCCGGAUGCAAUGUAAAUCCUGACGGUCAGUCACAAGAGGACGAACCAAAAACUUAUUUACCUCAAACUAUGCGGCAAGGAGGUUACUUACCCCAGUUAGGGUAAGAGACUUACACCUCAUCCCAGGACACUGCAGAACCAAAGAUAUACGUAUAUAUGUCUGUACAAUCUGAUACUGCAUGAGCCACAUCGGGACAUAUGGAGGAAUGACAAAACUACGACCUGUAUACUCAAGCGUUCCGAAAAAGCCAGAAAUGUAGCUAUAUAUGUAUAUAAGUGCUGGGCGGUAUACCGGUUCAUACCGAAUACCGGUAUUUUAUUUCUGUACGAUUUAAAUCUUUCCUAUUUCCUAUACCGCAAUACCGGUGUGUCCCCCCCUCCCCCCACACACACCUUUCGAAUGAAUUAUCAGCGUCUGUCCCCAGACGGCGCUUUAAGUGCGGGCCGCAGCACUGGAAAUGAUUAC